CUAACCAACAAAAAACUGUAUUUGCUGUACAACCGAGAAGAAAGCCACCCACCACAAAACUUCCGCUGUGAUCACUUUCGUCGUCAACUUCACUCCGCCGAGUGAUGGAAGCCAUCACCAGUUCUUGCUCUAAGCCCCUUUUGGAUGGCCUUGGAUCUUCUUCCCCAAGGCCGAGGCUUGUUUCUGCCUUUCACUUCUACGACAGGCUUGAAUUUUCUUCCUUCUCUAAUGAUAAAGUCGGCAACCUUCGGUUCCUUCAAACGGUUCACAACAAGGGUGUUUCCCCUUUUCAUGUUGUGCCAGCCAAACCCCAGGUGGACUUGGAAACUGAAGAGCCUCAAGCACAGCAUACAGGGGAAGCAAAGGUUGUUCGGGUCAAAUUUCAGUUACAAAAAGAUUGCAUGUACGGCGAACAGUUUCAUGUAGUAGGUGAUGAUCCUAUGAUUGGUGCUUGGGAUCCCUCAAAUGCACUACCAAUGACCUGGUCGGAAGGGCAUGUAUGGUCUGUUGAGAUGGAUGCACCUGCUGGGAAAUCAAUCCAAUACAAGUUUAUUCUGAAACUAACUUCUGGGGAUAUUAUUUGGCAGCCUGGGUCUGACCGAAUUGUCAAGACUUGGGGAACUGUUAACAGAAUAACCGUUUGUGAGGAUUGGGAGAAUGCUGAGCUUCAGAAACUAAUAGAGGAAGAAGAAUCUGAUCACUCAAAUGGGAAACCCCAGUUUGACUCAGAAAUGUCAAAUUUUUCUGAGAAUUUGGAUCAUCUGGAAGAGGAUAUGCUAUCUGAUGCAACCAACAAUGUACUAGACUUUGAAGAUAGCAAAACUCAUUUAGAGGAGAAACCACUUGCUCAACCAGACAUGCAACAAAUUAUAGCUGAUACUACUUCUUCUUCAAUGGAGAGUCCAAUGCCCAUAGUUGCAGAAAAUAUAGAUUUAUCAGAAGAUGCCCCCAAGAACACACCAAUGCCCAUAGUUGCAGAAAAUAUAGAUUUAUCAGAAGAUGCCCCCAAGAACACACCUCGGAGGAGAGGUGUGAACAAUAUGGCACUUCAGAGUGAAGUUACAGUCCAUGAUCUUGAACACAUGGGGAAAGGUCCUCAAGUUGAUAAUCAGGGAAAGAAAGAUGUGAAGGGCAACCUAUUUGAAUUUGAAGAAGGUCCUGUUCUUGUACCUGGCUUGACACCACCUAAAACUGAAGAAACAACUGAAGAUAAAGUUGAAGAGAAGGUUAACAUGGACAGUUCAGUUGGAGCACUUGAAACCAAGGAUCAGAACUUGCCAGAGGUCCAGUUUAAUGAGGAGCAAGAAGAAUCGAAUGAUGGGGUCCAGGUCAAUGAGGAGGAGCAAGAAGAAUCAGAUGAUGGAAAACCCCAAGAGCUGGUGGGCAAUGAAUUUCAAGACAAGUUCCAUUCAACCACAGCAAUAGGCAAAGUGUCUGAGGUUCACAAAGGUCAUGAACAUGUCUUGGAAAAUGAAGCACUCAGUGAUGAGCCAGAGCUGGUUGGCAGUGAAUUUCAAGACAAGUUCCAUUCAACCACAGCAAUAGGCAAAGUGUCCGAGGUUCAGAAAGGUCAUGAAAGUGCCCUGGAAAAUGAAGCACUCAGUGAUGAGCCAGAGCUGGUUGGCAGUGAAUUUCAAGACAAGUUCCAUUCAACCACAGCAAUAGGCAAAGCGUCCGAGGUUCAGAAAGGUCAUGAAAGUGCCCUGGAAAAUGAAGCACUCAGUGAUGAGCCAGAGCUGGUUGGCAGUGAAUUUCAAGACAAGUUCCAUUCAACCACAGCUGUAGUCAAAGCGUCCGAGGUUCAGAAAGGUCAUGAAAAUGUCUUGGAAAAUGAAGCGCUCAGUGAUGAGCCAGAGCUGGUUGGCAGUGAAUUUCAAGACAACUUCCAUUCAGCCACAGCAGUAGUCAAAGCGUCCGAGGUUCAGAAAGGUCAUGAAAAUGUCUUGGAAAAUGAAGCGCUCAGUGAUGAGCCAGAGCUGGUUGGCAGUGAAUUUCAAGACAAGUUCGAUUCAACCACAGCAGUAGUCAAAGUUUCCGAGGUUCACACAGGUCAUGAAAAUGUCUUAGAAAGUGACGUUCAAUGGGGUCGUGGAAUAUUGAAGAAGUUUCUGUCAAAGCUAGGGCUGCUAUGAGAAAAAAUUCUUCAGUAAACUCGGUUGAUAAAAAAGAAUGGGUAGAUCAAAUUAAUCAUGGAUAUUACUACACUUUCUGUGAGACUCGUGACAAGCUCAUGUUCAUCGUGAAUAGUAUGGUUUUAUAAUGCUUCAAAAAGCAAAUUUGCCUAUGAGACUUGUGUGACUGUUCUGAUCCAUUUGCCAUUUUAUUAGCCUGGCAAAGAUGGAUGGGAGCACAGACUUUCUUAGCAGGUAUUGAGAGUAGAUGCGUGGUAUGUUCUAGAAGUGUAAUUUUGUGUAGUCGUAGAUUGUAUGAUUCUUUCACUUUUGUACAGUAUGAGGGGUUUCAGGUGCACAAGAAUGGAGAGCUAUGUUCAUGUGAGCUCAACAGAACUUACUUGUAACAAAUGGCAUGUUGUAAUACAGUAUGUGAAAUGCUUUUGCUUCUCUUCCCUA